CGACCCCAAGAUGGCGGCGGCGUCUUCGUCGUCGCGGUGGGCGCUGGCGGCGGCGGCGUUAACGGCGGGACCCCGGGGGGCGUCUGCUGCUGCUGCUGCUGCUGCGGGGCUGUCGACGUCUCCGGCGUGAGGGGGAAGGCCAUGGCUGCGGGGCCGUGAGGAUGUGCGAGAGCUACUCGCGCUGGCUGCUGCGCGUGUCGACGGCGCAGGUGUGCCAGGCGCUGGGCUGGGACGCCGUGCAGCUCUCCGCCUGCGACCUCCUCACCGACGUCCUCCAGAGGUACCUGCACUCGCUGGGCCGAGGCUGCCGGCGCUACUGCGAGCUCUAUGGCCGGACAGAUCCGAUUUUGGAGGAUGUAGGUGAAGCCUUCAAUCUUAUGGGGGUCAACCUGCAUGAGCUGGAAGAUUACAUACUCAAUAUUGAGCCAGUCACUUUUGCGCAUCAAAUCCCCUUAUACCCUGUCAGCAAGAAUAAUGUCCUGCAGUUCCCCCAGCCUGGAAGCAAAGAUGCAGAAGAGAGGAAAGAGUAUAUUCCUGAUUACAUGCCACCCAUUGUCUCUUCUCAAGAAGAGGAAGAGGAAGAGCAGGUGCCCACUGAUGGCGGGACUUCAGCAGAAGCCAUGCAAGUACCUUUGGAGGAAGAGGGAGAAAUGGAAGAAGAGGAGGCUGUCAACGAUGAAAACUACUUGAGCAAGAGGCCAUUAGAAAGUCCCGAAUCUGAGGAAAUGCCUGCCACGAAGCGGCCAAAACUAGCUAGCAUGAAAGGAGAUAGUCCAGAGGGGACGGUGGAACCGCGUGAGCCUCUUAGUUCCAUCAAUGCCCAGAAGGUGCCCCCCAUGCUUUCCCCAGUUUGCGUUCAGGAUGGUGCCGAUGUGGCUCCUCUCUCUCCAGAACCACCCAUACUGGCUCCCAUUGCAAAAUCGCAGUUGCCGGUUUCCAAACCAUUGGAGCCCAGAGCAUUUACACCUAAAGCAAAGGUGAAAACGAACUCCCCAGGGCAGAAGACUAAGGCGCCCAAAGUUCCUCCAUCACCAGCAGUGGCCGGAAGCCCCAUCCGCUCUCCAAAAACUGGACCCAAAGAGAAGAAAUCGCCGGGCCGAUCCAAGAGCCCCAGAAGUCCUAAGAGUCCAAAGGUUCCGGUUCAUGUCCCUCAGGUAGCAGUUAAGCAGGAGACACCGAGUAGAACGCCCUUGGCAGCGUUAAGUGAAAAGAUGGGGAAAGAGAAUAUCCAAAUAAAACAAGGGCCAACCCCCGUUGACCCUGGGAAACCAAACAGUGAGAAUCCGGCGAAGAAAGUGGCCGUGCUGGACAAGACAAUUGACGAUUCCAUUGAUGCUGUAAUUGCUCGUGCUUGUGCUGAACGGGACCCGGACCCAUUCGAGUUUUCCUCGGGGUCAGAAUCGGAAGGGGAUGUUUUCACUAGCCCUAAAAGACUGUCUGUGUCAGAGACUGCAACCCCCAAAGCUUCUGUUUCUGCUAACAGCAGCUUAAAUAAAGCAGGAAGCACCCCAGUUCCUCCCUCUGGUGGAACGUCAAGCUCAGACAUUUCAUGGACGAUGGAUGACUCCAUAGAUGAGGUCAUUCGGAAAGCAAAUAUGGGUCCUCCUGCCAAUUUGCCGGCAAACUUCCCUUAUUUCUCAUCUCCCUCUGCUUCUCCACCAACUCCAGAGCCUCUGCUCAAAGUUUACGAGGAGAAAACUAAGCUGGCUUCCUCAGUAGAAGUUAUGAAGAAGCUGAAGAAAGAGUUGAAGACAAAAAUGAAGAAGAAGGAAAAGAACAAAGACAAGGAGAAGAAUAAAGAGAAGAACAAAGACAAGGAGAAAAACAAAGACAAGGAUAAAGACAAAGAUGGAGGCAAAGAAGUAAAAUUUCCGUGGAAGGACUUGAUCAGAGAUGAUGACUUGGAUCCGUACAAGUUCAAAAUUAAAGACUUUGAGGAUGAGCCAAAAGUCAAGGUAAAAGAUGGCAGCACCAAGAAAGAACGAGAGAAGCAUAAAGACAAGAAGAAAGAUAAAGGCAAGAAAGAUAAAGACAAGAAAGACAAGGAGAAAGUUAAAGAGAAAAAUAAAGGCAAGAAUAAAACUUCGUCAGUGCCUCUUGUUCUGCCUCCCAAAGACCUGCCCCUGCCCUUGUUCAGCACCCCGGCUGCCAUGAAACUCCCGUCGCUGCUGCCGGCCCUCCCGACGAUCCUUCCCGAAAAACUCUUUGAGGAGAAGGAGAAGCCCAAAGAAAAGAAGAAGGACAAAAAGGAGAAGAAGAAGAAGAAAGAGAGGGAGAAGGACAAGGAAAAGGAGAAGAAGGAGAAAGAGAAAGAAAAGAAGGAGAGGGAGAAGAAAGAAAAGGAAAAAGAGAAACACAAACACGAAAAACAGAUGAAAGUGGAACCUGUUGUUCCUGCGCCGUCUCCCGUGAUUCCGAGGCUGACGCUGAGAGUGGGGGCUGGUCAGGACAAGAUCGUCAUCAGCAAAGUGGUGUCGGCACCGGAGGCUAAACCAUCGGUCAUGGCUCGGCCCAAGACGCCACCGCCUCCACCAUCCCCGGCACCAGCUCCUGUCCACGUGACGCCGCCUCCUCCUCCGGUGGUUCUUCCUAUGCCUCCUGCUAUCAUUUCCCCAGCUGCGAUUCCACCACCGUCUCCUGCAAUGCCUGCUGUGGGAGGCUCCAAGGGUCCCGUUAGGAGUGUGGUGACAGAGACUGUCAGUAAUUACGUGAUCCGAGACGAAUGGGGGAACAAGAUCUGGAUCUGCCCCGGCUGCGAGAAGCCAGAUGACGGCAGUGCGAUGAUAGGCUGCGACGACUGUGACGAUUGGUACCACUGGCUUUGCGUCGGAAUCACGGCUGCUCCCCCGGAAGAAAUGCAGUGGUUCUGCUCCAGGUGUGCCAGCAAAAAGAAAGAUAAAAAACACAAGAAGGGGAAACACAGAGCACACUGAAGCCACUGAGGAGACCGAUCAGACUGUCGCUGCAGCACUUCAGCCCUGACUCCUUUCGUCGCCAUCAAGUUUUGAGGAUGUGUGAUUCUUGAGAGAAUCGGGGACAAACGCACACUGUCCGCCCUGAGCUGGCUGCUUGUCCUUCCCUCUCUGUCGCUCCUUCGUCAAACGGUGUUGGCCUAGAUCAAGAAUUCUCUGCCACGAACUCACCGGCUGAAGAGCCAAGAGAGUCUAUGGCCAAAGAGAGCUGUGUUGAUCGGCCACGGCUUUGCUGACACUUGUACAUAUUGCUGCCCUUCUUCCAGCUGCUUCCCCUCCACCUCUUUAGAGUUCUGUCCUUUCAGAAACAGGAAAGUCUUCCCAAAUGUGGGCGGCUGUCCCUUGGGAGCCACUUAGAUGAUUUUCCCGCAGCUCCCUCUUCCGCAUAGCCAGAUAAUCAUUAAAGACACAGGGUGGGGUAGCUUGCUGGUAAAUAUUUUUCUGACAAGAAUAUAUCAAACCUCUUUUCUUCUCGCUCCUCCUCCUCCUGCCCCUCCUUGAUUUUUAAGACCUAACCUUAAUAAACAUGCUUGAGCUUUUUGUGAAAUAACUUCUAUUUUUUUAAAAGACGGGAAAGUUUCUAUGGUGGCCAACUUCCUUCUUUUGUGUUUGUGUGUUUUUGCGCUCCUUGAGCCUCUAAUAAUGUGAUAUAGACUCUUGCCCCCUCCUCCCUCCCAUUCUGUCCUCUUUGUCACUUGCACAUUUCACAGGCGUGUCCAAGUUAUUUGCAUAAACAGAUUUUUCCUCAGGCAGAUACUCUGGAGCUUCUGUUAUUUUCAGAGAUUGCAGCAAGACGGUUUUCAUUAUUUUUAAGGUACAGCGUAGCAUUUUCUGGAAUUCCCCAAUAAUAUACUGAUGGGGCAUGGGGCGGAGCUUAGAAAAUGCUUACCCAGAUGCACCUAGUUGUCAGUGCUGCUUCUCAAGGUGUGCUGUAAAGAUGCAACCUUCUGGGUUAUUCCCGUACCUGAAGAUACUUGCAGAUGUGAGAAUGACCUUUGGGUUUAAACAGCAAAAUGCAUGCACAGUGUUGACAAUUCUGAGUGGUGCCUGCAUGCUUUCAGUGACCUUGGAGCCAAUGCUUGCGAAAGGACAGGGCCUAACACUUCCUUGUAUAUUCUGGGAAACACGGUCAUUUGAACACGGUCAUUUAAGCACACAUGCAACACUUGCAAUGGGUAAAUGCCACGCAAAAGCUCCACCGCAGUUCAAAAGAGUGAGGUGCGAAAGAACAGAAUGGUGCAUGCAGAAGAUACGGUUUAGGAUGAAGAAGAAACUGAGGAUCUGAGGAGGUCCAUCUCUUUUCCCUUCAACGCUUCCCAGGGGAAGACCGGUCUUCUUCCAGCCAACUUUAUGUGUCAUUGUGCAGGUCCUCAUUUUCCAGAAUAAAUCAGGGGUCACCACCACAGGCAUGGCUUGAAAUGUGUCUCUGGGUGAAGACUCCCCACUACUUAUCUCAACCUCCUUCACCUAUAUCUGCAAUCUUUAUAGGGUUGCCUUCAGUGGGUGGGGACAGAGAUCAAAGUGUACAGUUGCUACCAACCAUCUGCCCACAGCCCUGCGAUGCCAGGAGGUUGUUCCAGCAACCUCUCAGCUUUCUCUCCAACCUGGAAAGCUGAAUGCCACAUGCUGUGGUGGAUCCACUGUGCGUGAGGCCUUCAGCGUGCUGCUUCUCUCUGAACGGCAUCUGCUGCCCAAGCUCUGACAUAUUAGCACAUGCCUCUUUAAAAAGAAACAGCGCACAUCUCUCUUUAAAGAAGUUGACACCUGCAGUUUUCAAAUACGGUCUGCCAGUUUCCUGUAUAUAAAGCCCAAAUGCCAGAAAGUUCACCAGCUGUACAAAAGGAGAGUUUACCAAAUUUAAUUGUACCAAAAGAAUUUUGAGCUGGGAUCAACUCCCUAUUUCCAAAUUGUUGUGUAAGUCAUCAGGCUUGACCGCAUUCAUAUUUGCUUGAGUCGGCAUUGCAGCCACAACUUUUCCUCCUUUGGAGCUGUAGUUGUUUUGUGAGCCUUUUUACAUCGAUCCUUUUUUUUUUUUUUAAAGGCAAAUGCAGAGUGUACAUGAGGUGUAUGUUAUCUGUGUCCGUUGUUGGAGAGCAGAAAAACUAAGGUUGCCAUAAAACUUGUAAACAUUACUGGACAUCUCGCUGCAUUUUUGAAGAGGUAAAUAAACUAUUGUAAAAAAUGUGAA